AGCUAUCAUACACUCGGCCUGACAGCGAGCUAGCUGACAAUCAUCACCAUCUCAUCCUAUCUACUAACACCCUCCCCAUUAUCCAUUAACCCCCUUCAAGCAUCAUGCCGCCAUCAACCUGGCAAGAUACCGCCGAGCAGAAACGCGCUUCCCUCCUCGCCCUCAUACCCCCAGAAUGGCGUAUCGAGAGUCCCCCCUCCAUUGACGAGCAGGUCGAUGUCACCGAGUAUAUCAAGCAGUAUUUGAGCGAGGAAGAGGUGCAGAUCACGCAGUGUAGUGCCGAUGUGAUUGCGCGGAGAGUGGGUGGAGGGGAGUGGAAGGCUGAAAGUGUUGCGAGGGCAUUUUGUCAUCGGGCGGCUAUUGCGCAUCAGCUUUUGAACUGCCUCCACGAAAUCUUCUUCACCGCAGCGAUAACCUCCGCCCAAACCCUCGACGCAUACUACGCCCAACACAAAAAGCCCCUCGGCCCCCUCCACGGCGUCCCCAUCUCACUCAAAGACCAAUUCCACGUCAAAGACGUAGAAACGAGCAUGGGCUAUGUGGGGUGGAUUGGCACGUUUGAAGGCAAGACAGGUACGGGGAAAGAAAAAGUGCAUGAGAGUGAGAUGGUGAAGAUGUUGAGGAAGGCGGGCGCGGUGCUGUAUUGUAAGACGAGUGUCCCGCAUACGCUGAUGAGUGGCGAGACGGUGAAUAACAUUAUCGGGUAUACGCUUAAUCCGAAGAAUAGGAGGUUGACUAGUGGGGGAAGUUCUGGGGGGGAGGGGGCGUUGAUUGGGGUGAAGGGGUCACCAGUAGGUUUCGGCACAGAUAUAGGCGGCUCGAUAAGGAUACCCGCUGCCUUCAACGGACUAUACGGCCUGCGUCCCUCAACAGGCCGUCUCCCAUACGAAGGCAUGGCAAACUCCAUGGAUGGACAGAACAGUAUUCUCUCCGUCGUGGGCCCCAUCGCAUCCAACGUAGCGUCUCUCCGCCUCGUCACGCAAGCCCUUCUCGAUCAAAAACCAUGGCUACUGGACCCCUUAGUCCACGAAAUCCCCUGGCGCUACGACCACGAGAACGCUAUCCUGGAGAACGUGCACGAUGGCCGAGGGACCAAAAAGGCAGGCGGAAAACUCUCUUUCGGUGUGAUGAGAACAGAUGGGAUUGUGAACCCCACGCCACCUAUCCGUCGUGCAAUCGAUACGCUCGUCAAAGCGCUCCAAUCCGCCGGCCACGAGGUCAUCCCAUGGGACCCACCAUCGCACAAACCCAUCCAGGACGUCGGCUUCAAAUCGUGGAUCUACGAUGGCGGCGCAGACGUGCGCUCUGCAUUCGCUCUUUCCGGCGAACCUAUGGCGUCGCAAAUCGACUUCUAUGGCUCCCUCGACAGAGAGUUUACCGCCAGCGAAAUCGCCGCUACAAACGUCGAGCUGCGCCGCUUGAAGAAGGAGUAUCUGGACUACUGGGUUGGGACGCAGGCGCUCACGGGGACGGGGCGGCCUGUCGAUGCGGUGAUUUGUCCGUUGGCGCCAUGGCCCGCUGCUAGGCCGGGAAGGUAUAGGUAUUAUGGGUAUUCGACGUGGGUGAACUUUUUGGAUUAUACGAGUGUUACUGUGCCGGUUGGCAAUGUUGAUAAGAGUGUUGAUAAAGUUGAAGAAGAGUAUAAGCCGAUCGAUGAGAGAGAUAAGGGUAUACAAGAUGAUUAUGAUCCUGAGAUAUACGAUGGUGCACAUGUGAGCUUGCAGAUUGUAGGGCGGAGACUACAGGAGGAGAAAAUGUUGGCUGUUGCGGAGUAUGUUGGGAAGCUUCUUGGGAAGUAGGUGGCGAGUCGAGCGGUAGCUUGAUUGAGAUGUUGUAUUAAAGUCAAGACCAUCCGUAACUUUUGUACGACACAUGAAUUUUAAUGGAAUGUUUCCAACGAGCAGAGAGUGGUCCACC